AUGCCGAAAAAAGCGCCGAAGAAUGCAUUCUAUUACUUUAUGCUCGAUUUUAAGGAAGAGCAACAGAAGAAAGGAAUUCAUUAUGAGAAUUUAGCCGAGGUUUCAAAAGCCGCAGAUCCUGAAUGGAGGAAUGCUAGUACAAGCGUAAGAGCAAAAUACGAAAACAUAGCAAAGAAAAAGAGACAAGAUCGCAACGGUCCUGAGGAAAAGUACACUAGCACUGGGAUCCCGCUAUCAGCUGUUGAACAACAGCAGCGGGAGCUGCAAGAAGCAAGGGAAUAUGAAGAAAGAGAUAUUCGUAAUAUGAUUAAACUGAAAGCUUUUAAUAAAGAAGAUAUCCUUGAUGAAUACUUUUAUGUAAUGGAUGUAAACUAUUACUGCAAGACUGACAGUGCAUAUGUAAUCGGCGAGAGCACCGUGCUGCGGUUCAACCUGAGAAACGGCUUUCGCGACUUCUAUCACGUGAAUAUUAAUCCGGGCCGCAUCCCGUUCGGGUAUGCCUCCGAUGUGAAACUGGGCUCUCAAGAACACGGCCUGGAAAUGCCUGACGAGUCAGCCCCUCGCAGCAACUUCAUGCAAAUUUUGGCUAACAUCAUAGACUACCUGAGGCAAUCAGAGCAGGCGUCGAACACGUUACCUCCAUUGUACACAAUGCCAGACAAAGUUGCUCCCAUCGUCAAUUUCAUCCAGCAAAUGUGUCAAGAAACUGGGGAAGACGAGACCAUCUUCCGAGUGUACCGUCUAGACACAAUGUUCUUUACGCUGAUCAACGCUAUUAAGAAAAAUAAGAAUGAAGGUUUCCCAUACGCUACACUGGCUUUGUCCCAACUUAAUAAAGAUAUGUUCAAGUAUACUCCUCGACUUGGAUGUCAACGCCACGAAUCUAUCGACAAGUCGGUAGAAUGUACCACGUCGCGUACGAAACGUUGGGCUUACACGGUUCUGGACAGCUGCUGCCCAAUAAUGGGCGUUGAAAUCAAAGCUGGACUCCAUGUGCCGCUGGAUUACAAUAUUGAUGGUAUCCUGUCAUACAAAGAUAAAAAGAAAGUGAGGGCCGCGCCAACCGUCGCCGGAGUUAUGCCUUCGACCUCAAGUUGCAACUCUACUCUAAACGAAUCGUUCCUGGAGACCAGCAUGGCGCACUCCAGCACAUCCAAUGAGAGACCCCGUCAGGAGAAGCGUUCUUAUGCUCCAAUGAGAAUGCCUCAAGCAGAUUAUUCGAGGGACAUCCGUCCAGCUCCUGAGCUGACAGAAGAUAAUUUCCCAGCUCUAUCUGUUGGUGCUGGCAGAGGACGUGGUCUCACUAGCAGUUUCAACAAAAUGAACAUCAAGAAGUAA